AUGGAGACACCCUCUGCCCCCCACAUCAGCCCCUGCAAAGGCCUGGAGUGGACCUCCUCUAGGACUCCAGUACCUCUGGCCUGGCUUCAGGCCACCCUCUGUGGGGCCAUUUUGGCCUCCUGCCUCAACUUCGAGUUCAGAAAUUUUUCUAGCGCCUCUUUGGCCAGUAGCUUCUGGAAGGAGUGUCCUUAUCCCGAGUCACCGUCUGCAGUUCUCUUUCUUCAGGAUCAGGCACUGAGACUAAUUGAAUGGCUCCAAUGAUCAGGAUUUGAAAACCUGAUAUCAGCAUUGACCACUUUGUAUGUUAAUUAUCCAUACUGCAUGUUUGAGGAUUUUGGUGAGAGACUUACCUGCAAUAUUUGGAAUACCAGUGGAGGUCUACACUAAGACAGAUUUUAUACAGCAGCUGGUGCUAGUCAAAGCUAA